UAUAUGCCAAAAAUCAUAUUCUGGGUUAGUGACACUUUUGUAAAUUUUGUGUUCUCUUCGUUCCAGUUCGAAAUCGCUGUGCAUUAAAAUUAUGCAAGAAUGGUGUGUGUAUUGACGAUUUCAGUGAUUAUCACGUGGAUCUGCCUCUCAAUGGUUAUCUGUGCAUUUGCAAGGACGGAUUUCAAGGAGAAAACUGCGACCGUAAGUUGAAAGAUUUUGAUGGCAAAAAUUUAAGCCAUAUUUCAAAUUCGAUGUGCUGUUUAGACGUACGAGUAAAGCCAUAUCUUCCUUACGUACUAGGUAAAGUGUGUGACAACUGCCACAAGGAUGCUGUGUGUUUGUACGGGCAAUGUAUCUGUAAAAAUGGUUUCGUAGGAAAUGGUAAAACGUGUAAAAGUAAGUAUGCUUUACAUAUAACAAUAUUCUUUUAUCUAAAUUGACAGCUUAUGGAAUAAAGGGUACAGCACACAAAUGGUUUCAGUCAUAUUUAAGGAAGAGGGCAGCAAAUAUGUAAAGUUAACAAAAAAAUGUCGGAUAUAAGAACAAUUACCUGCGGAGUUCCUCAAGGGACAAAUCUAGGCCCGUUGCUAUUUAUCCUUUAUAUAAAUGAUCUGCCAAAUUGCCUUGUAACAACAAGCGCCACAAUGUUUGCGGAUGAUACAAGCCUAUCAUGUAACGGACUAUCAUCCGCAGAUAUAGAGAGUAAACUGAAUCACGAUUUAGAAAUAAUUCACACAUGGUUAACCGCAAACAAGCUGACUUUAAACCGUAAAAAAACUGAAUACAUGAUUAUUGGCUCACGACAAAAAUUAAAUUCUAUUGGCACAAAUACUACAAACAUAUCAAUCGCAGGCGAGCAAAUAAGAUGACUUGAAAGCACAAAAUCCUUAGGCAUAAUUAUAGAUGAACAAUUAAAAUGGGAAGAACAUAACAGUAAACAAUGUAAAACAAUCUCAGCACGUAUCGGAAUGUUAAGAAGAGCUAGAGAUUUUGUUACACAAGAUGUUUUAAUUACAAUGUAUAAUUCACUUGUAUUUCCUCACUUUACCUACUGCUCAACUGUGUGACAUGGCUUUCUCGCUGAUCACAUUAAUAAAUUAUAUAAGUUACAGAAAAGGGCUGCUCGUGUAAUAAAGGAUCCAGUUACGACAUACGAUCAACUAACAUUUUUGAAACCUUAAACUGGAGACCUAUAAAAGACAACUUAGACGAGCGCGACCUUGUAAUGAUAUUUAAGGCCCUUAAAGGUCUAGUGCCCGACUACCUAAUGCAGACAAUUACCUUGAACGAAAACGGCAACUAUCAAUUACGUAGCAACAAUAGAAAUAUUUACCUACCUAAGCCAAAGACAAAUUUUCUAAAAAAUAGCUUUCCCUAUCGAGGAGCUAUGAGUUGGAAUAACCUACCUAAUCAUAUUACCUUUAAGAAUGUCAUAAAACGUAUGUCCUAAUCCAUUGGUCCUAAUCUAUAGUGUAAUUAAUUGCAUCCAUGUAAAUAGUUUAUGUAAGUGGCCUGUUUUUCUCGCUUUUAGAUUUCCUUUUUUUUAAUUUUUUUUUCUCUCCAAUUAUGUAAAUAUUUUAAUGAACUCACGGCCCUUUGAAAAACAGAUGUACUUCUGAAAGGCUACCGUAAUUAAAUAAGAUUAAAUAAUAAUAACAGAGAUAUGACAUGGAGAUGUAAUUUAGUAACUAGGUGACAAUAUGUCCCAUGGAAUUUUUAAUAUUUGUGCAAGGAAAAAAAGAAGGUAUAAAAAGGGAAAAGACAUGAUAAAUGAAAAACGAAGGAAGGUGAAGAAAGGAAAACAAAUAGAGCAAACGCACAAAGGGAACGACUAUAGGGUUCCAUUUCUGCUGUAUGCUGUUGUCUGAUUAUAUUCCUCUUUGGUCACAUUUGAGAAAAGUGCUUCUCGACCCCAUCCCCUCCCAUUCAAUGUUGUUUUGACAAAAUCUUGUGGAAAAUGUUGCUUGACAACGACCCAACAUCGUUUAGGGUGAGGGAAGGAGAGAUGCAGAACAGUAUUUUUAAAUGUGCAGUUAUCUCAUAGUAUAUCACUGUCCAAAAGCUUUUUGUCACUGAUUUUAGUUUAGACUUUAGUGUAACAUAAUCAUGUGUCUUCACAUUUUUCGAUAGAAACGUCAGAUAUCUGUUCCCCGAAUCCAUGCAAGAACUCAGGAAAAUGUGUCCACGCUCCAAAAGACUCGUACGACUGUGUUUGUGUCAAGGGAUUCACUGGUCCUCUUUGUGAAAGUGAGUUGCUUGGAACUAAAAGAAAAUAUAUGACUAAACGCUUUUUUCAUCUCUCUAAAGUUUAGUUUAAGGGAUAUUUUACAUUUUAACACAUGGCUGAAAUAAAUAUCUUCAUAAUAUUCUUAGCCGUGACAUUGUGUGAUCCAAAUCCGUGUAAAAAUGGGGCCACUUGUGUUACAUCAGGCGGAACCUACAGAUGUAUGUGCCCACAGGGAAGAUCUGGACCCAACUGUGAUGAAGGUAGGGAUAGCAAUUUUUAAGGUAGGAAUAUCAAUUUUAGAGGUAUGGGAAUUUAAAUAUUUAAGCCCGGAAAAAUAUUCCUCCUCCACCCCAGAUUAAGUCAAGGAACCAAAAUUUGUGUCACAUAAGUAGAAAAUAGAUGAAAGUAUGUUUUAUUUCGUUUUUUAUCUAGUCAAGAAGCAGAAAUGUACGCCGACAUUUUGUCAGUAUGGCGGGGUAUGCAAAGAACCCGAGGAUCCAACAAAACCGCCAUUUUGUCUGUGCAAAACGUCCAAAUUCGUUCCGCCAAAUUGUGGUAGGUAUAUUUCUAAAAUUUCAAAUCGUCCUACGGAAAUUAAGAGAAAUUUAUUCACCUCGAGGACAGAAUUUCCAAAAAAGUUUCAGUUAAUUGGGGCUCAAAUAUGGAAUCAAUACCGGAAGAGAUAAGAAGUUCGGUAUCUCAUGAUUCGUUUUGCAAAAAGCUUUCUUCCUUGACUUUUCUAGGUUAAAUAUAUUGUUUAGUUAAUAUAUAAACUAUUAUAUGUUGGAAAUAAUUUAGCACACCUCUUUUGGAAAUCAGCUGUAUGUUGGAAAGAUUAGUGUGAGAUUAGUACAAGUAUUUUUCUUGUAUUUUAUGCCACAGCUUGUUCUUGCGCAGCGGCAAACAAGAAUGUUGAUCCGUCAGCGGUAAACCCAGUUUGUGACGCGGAUGGAGAUUGCAUUUGUCAAGAUGCUUCAAAGACUUACGUUCCUGGUAGUGGAUGUAUUGUAGGAAGUGAGUGACAAUCUUAUUUUGUUAUUGGACAAAUAGGAAACGUUUUGGCGCUCUCAGCUCUACUAUGUGUGUUGAAAAUUUUAAUUUUGCCUCAGUCGCAUGGAAGAAAUGUGGUACAACAGACCUUUUUAAAAAGUCUGCCUUGUGACGUAGUUUGCGGAUAAAUACGAUCAUUUGUUCAAUCAGGCAAGCCAAAUGGCUGUUUGGGGUUUUCCUUUAUCCGCAAACUACGUCACGUCCAUCAAAUACCGCUGGCUUUGACAAUGACGACAACAACAACACUGACAACAACAACGACGAUGGCAACAACAACAAUGACAACAACAACAACAACAACAACAACGACAACGACAACGACAACGACAACGACAACGACAACGACAACGACAACGACAACAACAACGACGGAGACAACAAUGACAACAACAACCAUGACGGCAACAACAGUGACAAUAAAAACAAUGACAAUAACAACGACGACGACGGCGACAACAAUGACAACAACAACAAUGAUGGAACCACAACAACAACAACGACGGCGACAACGACUAGGACAACGAUGACAACAACAACAACGACGAUGACGGGAAAAACAACAAUAAUGACAACAACGACGGCGACAAUGACAACAACAAUAACAACAACGACGACGAUGGAGACCACUGCAACAAUAAUAAAGUAACAACAAGGACAACAAUAACAACAACGACGGCGAUGGAGACCACUGCAACAAUAAUAAAGUAACAACAAGGACAACAAUAACAACAACGACGACGAUGGAGACCACUGCAACAAUAAUAAAGUAACAACAAUAACAACAACGACGACGAUGGAGACCACUGCAACAAUAAUAAAGUAACAACAAGGACAACAAUAGAGAGUUUACGAUUCACGACGCGGCCAGCUCGACGACGCGCUUGCAAGACAAAGAAACACGUCAUGCGAGACAAAAGGGAUGAAUAAUUUGUAAAUUCAAAUGUUUUGUCAACAGCGUUGCCAUUCUUGGGACACCGUCAAACGAGUAAUUUUCACGGCUUCCUAGCGAUAUGAAAGCUCGUUGCGACAUGGGAGCUGUUUUAUAACGUUGACAGAAUGACAACAUUAGCUAAAGAUCGGAGUAGUUUAGUCAAAUUUAAACAUUUGUAAGAUUAUUAAAAUAUGCUUUAGACAAUUAAAACAGUAUAGUUAAAUUCCUGUGGAUUAUUUCAAGCAUAAUUUGACUCGACGUCGUCGAGCUGACCGCGUCGUACAUCGUAAACUCCCUGAUAACAACAACGACGACGAUGGAGACCACUGCAACAAUAAUAAAGUAACAACAAGGACAACAACAACAACAACGACGAUGACGGGAAAAACAACAAUAAUGACAACAACGACGGCGACAAUGACAACAACAAUAACAACAACGACGACGAUGGAGACCACUGCAACAAUAAUAAAGUAACAACAAGGACAACAACAACAACAACGACGAUGACGGGAAAAACAACAAUAAUGACAACAACGACGGCGACAAUGACAACAACAAUAACAACAACGACGACGGCGAUGGAGACCACUGCAACAAUAAUAAAGUAACAACAAGGACAACAAUAACAACAACGAACUAAAGGUUUAUUAUAUACAAUGUUUCUUUUUCUAGAGACGGAUCCUUGUUUGGUCUUCCUCUGUCAAAAUGGUGGCACGAAAGAAAGGUCUGGGUCUACCUGUAUCUGCCGAUGUCCCACGGGUUAUACCGGACCCAGAUGUGAGACAAGUAUGAAAUAUGUUACAAUUAACUUUGUUAGGCCUUUGUUCCCAACACUAUUUCCUGGUUUCUACACCUCCAGGAAACUUGGCUAGGAAACAAUAUUUCUGUAAUAAUCUAGCCUAUUGUUUCACUUUCCUCAGACCUUAACUGAAUUUUUAAAAUUACGUAGAAACUGGUCGUCAGUGUGUUCCUAAUCCCUGCAAAAACAGGGGGACCUGCGAAGAAAGUUUGGGAAGAAUCAAAUGUAAUUGUUUGCAAGGAUUUAGACAGCCAUUUUGUGAGAAAGAAAUCGCCCCAAGUAUGUUGCGUCAGUUUGUGUUAGAGCUACCUUCUUUCCUUAAAUUUUAUGCUGUUUAUCAAAUAAAGCUUUUAUACAGUAUUUUAACGAAGGAACAUUCGAUCAAAAUAUCAAUUUUUAUCAUAUAUAAGCUAGUAAAAAUCUACCAUAAAAAGACCAAACCGUUUGAAGUUUAAGCCACUAAGGGCGCUUUCCAUUAACACGGCCAGACCAGUCAGAACGGUCAAAUUGUUGAAUGGAACACAAAACAUUUGGGCUUUGGACUUGUCUGACCGGAAAAUUUAGAUAACAUUAGAAUGAGGUCCAUUUUUGCAAGAUAUUUGAGAAACAUAGACCAGAUCUUUCCAUUGAUACAGAGAAAAUAAUUCGGGUCCGACCGGUACAGGCCAUUAAAUGGAAAGCGCCCUAAAAAUCUAUUACAAAAUCUGUGUAUGUGAAGACUGUUUCGUAUGUUAAUUGCCUUAAAUAUUUAACGUUUAGGACAGUGAGAAUCUCCCACGAGGAAGCUUUGUUCAGUAAUACUUCUUAGGAUAUUGGUGGUGAUACUUACUGCUUGUUUUUCAAUUUCAGAUUUCGGACCGUGUCUUCAGAAUCCAUGUAAAAAUGGCGGGAAAUGCCUACCACUGAAGCAAGGUUAUGACUGUCAAUGUUCUCCACAGUUUACUGGCCCUCAUUGUGAGGGUAAGUAGGAUCUAUUUAAACUAUAAACCUCGGACUAUCAGUUCUAAACUGUUCUUUCUAAUAAUGAUUACUACGGGAGGAAACCCAAACUAACUUUAUUUAUACUGGAUAUAGCUCUAUUAGUUCUAAACUUUUCUUUCUAGGAAUGAUUGCUACAGGAAGAAACCUAAACUAACUCUAUUUAUACUGGAUAGUUCCAGUAUGAAACAUCUCUUAUUUAAUAACCAGGCUAACGACAGGAGGAAAUCUAAACAAUUUUAUUUUUGCUGGAUAGCUCUAUUAGUUGUAAACUGUUCUUCCUAGAGGUCCAGUAAGGAUCAUCUCUUAUUGAUCCAGUGUUACUACAAGAGGAAACCUAAACUAAACUAACUUUAUUUAUACUGGAUAUUAGCUCUAUCAGUUCUAAACAGUUCUUCCUAGAGGUCCAGUAAGGAUCAUCUCUGAUUGAUCCAUGCAGUGCUACUACAGGAGGAAACCUAAACUAAACUAACUUUAUUUAUACUGGAUAGCUGGAUCAGGUCCAAACUGUUUUCCAUAGAGGCGAGAGCCAUUAUUGCGACAGGAGGGAAUCUAAACUAAAUUAAACUAAAAUAAAUUGGUUUAUGCUGGGAAUCUUUAUCAGUUUUAACUGUUCUUUCUAGAAGUCUAUACUCUAUAGAUAGAUACUGGAUAAGGAGAGAUCCAGUAAAAGCCCAUUUCCACUCAAGAAUAAUUUCCACGGAGAAAAUUUUCCGAAAAUAUCAUUAUAUUUUCAACUUUCUUUUCAAAAUAUUUUCAACAAAAUUUUCUUUCCGCGUAAAAUUUUUCUGAGUGGGAAUGGGUCUUAAGGGACAUUCUUUAUUGUUUCAUUGUUACUACAGGCGGUAGAAAAAACCUGCAAUUUUUGGUAGAGUCAAACUGGAAGUACUCGUUUCACAUGUGACUGAGAUGAAAUUGUAAUCAGCCAACUGCAUAUUGCUGGAAUCAAACCUCUCAGUGGGGAACGAUCGACGCAUGGCCAAGCCAUUGCGCAACCAACAUUUCAUUCAUACGGCUUCAUUUUAAUUUUAAUUCUCAUAUGUUUUAGUGGAUAAAUGUCUUAAAUGCCACACAGAUGCGAACUGCAUUCAGGGUGUAUGUGCGUGCAAAGAGAACUUCGUAGGAAAUGGUUACAAUUGUAUUGUCGAGCUUGAAAAGUCAGGUACGGUAAUGUAUACUUCAAGCUAAAAAUAAUAUUCCCUUUUAUAGCUUGUGAACAGGAUUUCUUUGUAUGACAUUUUAGUCAUUCCUAUUGCAGUAACUAAAACGAAAUGGCACUUUAACUGUGGUAUAGAUAAGGGUGUAGUAACUAUAAGGGGUACUAGCUUGCUAGUAGCUGCGUCUGAGAUCCUGGGUUCGAUUCUGGCUUCGAACACAUGACAAUUAUAUGAAAAGAGUCAACGCUCUACCGAACGUCGUGGGUAUUCUCCGGGUACUCCGGUUCCCUCCGACAGGGAAUGUUGACAGGAUGGGUUGGGAUUAGUCCCUGACUGACCCUUCCAUUGUAGCUGUACUCCGUGAUCAGACAUGAGUCAUAAGGUGGCUGCCAGAGGCGCUCUUAGAAAGCUCUUGAUCAGGCUGAGCUUAGCUAAUAAUUCAGCUUAGUUCUCAGCUGUAAGUAAGGAUGAUUAGCCCACACACUUUACACCCUAAGCACUGAUGUGGAGUAAUUUGAACCACUACGAUUGCAUACUUUGGGUUCUUGCGAUUUUGCUUUGGAUUUAGCUUUGGAUAGCUUGUACCUUUCUGAUGCCCUUGAUAUUAAUGUAUAUACAUAUGUUCCUUGUGUUUUCAGAUUCCUCAUGUUUUAAAUGUCCUUCUAAUACUGUAUGCAACUCUGGAGUUUGUCAAUGUCGCCGUGGUUAUAUCAUGAAUAAAAGAAAUUGUAUUCGUAAGUCUACCAUUAUCCACUGAGCAGUCCCAUAUACAUAUCAGUUAGAAAUAAUUGGAAUUAGCUGGGGGGAAAUGGGCCAUUUAAUAUGUAUACCCUCUUCCCCUAUUGAAGGGUCUGGAUAUCCAAUGGAGGAGGAGGGGGUCUUCAUUUUAAAUUUUCCUCGAGGGUAGCUUGAGAGAUUUUUAAAACAUGGCAAAAAUUAGAUAUUUUAGUGAUAUCCCAAAGGGGAAAGGCGAUAUCCUAAAGGGGUUAGUAAGAUAUCCUCUGGGGUAACUUCUACAAAUUGUAUCCAAGAGGGUUCCAAUUUUUUUAUAUCCUAAGGAGAUUAUCAAGGCACCCCUCAAUAGGGGGGUGCCCAUAUUAAAUGGAAUGGCCCAAUGGUAUUAAAGCUUAAAGCCCUUUGGUAUUAAAGCUGUUUACAACCUUUAUUGUGAUUGGACCUCAAUUUCCGAAUGAACGAAGUUCUUGCUCCAACUGAAAUAUAUCGAGUUCACUAAGUCAAUUGCAAGCUAUAAUAUAUACACUUGAUCGGCUAACGAACGUUCAUUUAUGUCCAUUGUUUGGCAUGCCACCCUAGCUCUUAAUGAACUUGUCCAUGAAAUUUUGUUUCUUGUUAAUUUUAGCAAUGGAAGCUUUAACAACUGGCUAAACUACAUGGUUUAACUCAAGAUUAAAGUAACCAUUAAAUACAUAAUGAUAUUAAUCGCAAACAAGCAAAGAGUUAAUGUAACAGCGUAUUAUAAGUUAUAUACCUUGCUGGACUGGCUGCAUUUACUGUAUAUUAAAAUACCUGAAUUAAUUGGGUGCGAAUAAUCUAGUGUAAUUUGUUCGGUAGGGAUUUUUAACAUAAAUCUUACUGUGGCUUAAUUAUACUGUAAAAUAAGUUUUAAAAUGCUGAGUUAUACUUAUAAAGACAUUUUUGAAGCAAUUAAGUAAAAUGUCAAUUAAUUUGUAUCAAUUAAAUUUAAUACAAUGAAAUUAAUUUUAAACUAAGAUAAAUAUUAAAACAAAAGAUAAAAGAAAUGCUUUAACCAUGUAAGUUUAAUUUUUAAAACUAAAGUAUCUAAUUACUGAAAAAUUACUCAAAAUGUAAUUAAUAAUUAGUAACUCGUUACUUCAGUAACGAGUAUUUCAAUACAACACUGAUAAAAUAUAUGAAAUGGAAAGCAGACUUUAUUUAAUAACAUGAUCUUUGUUUAUUUUCAAAUGCUAUUCUACUUUUGCUGGUGGUUGAUUGUAUCUUAAUCUUCGUUCCUAUUAAUUUUUAAUUGUGCUCCAAAAUUAUAGCUCAUUUCAAAUAAAACAGAACUGAACAAUGUUGCUCAAUUAUCCUAUCUUAGAAUCAAUUUUGGUCCAUAUCUUACUGGUUUUGCAUCAAACAGACGGAAAUAUUGUGAAUCACAAAUCGAGGAGUAGACACCAUUCAAAAGCUGUUCGAAAAGGAUCGAAAAUACACGAACUAAGUUUGAAUAAACUACACGGAUCAAAGAUCAAUAUAACAGAAUCGGGAGACCGAAGACAAUUUCUCACAAGCAACAAUGUGCCUCUACAAUCGCAAGACGCUACCCAACAAACUGUAUCUUCGCUGAGCACAUCCCAAGACCAGGAAAUAACAUCUAAUUCGCUGACGCCAGCUUCUUCGCUCACUCCAGCUACAUCAUUGAGCCCUCCGGCUAUUGUUACCGAUACUAAACCGUUACCAAAUCGACAAAUUAUAGACCCAACGGGAACACAGCCAGGGAUAGCACUGAAUCGACUUUCGAAUGAUACUAACCCAGUUAUAGAAGGCGGGUUGUCCGCCGCAAAUCUUCCAAUGUUAAACAAUAGCUUUCUACCAAAUGGUAUUGAACUGGAAAAGCCAUUGCCUGUGCCGUACAAGAAGCCUGAAAUACGUUUGGUACCAAAGUUGGUAACGUUACCUUACUCGAAGAAACCUGACGUGCAUGUAUCACAUGUUCACUACGAACAAGGGGGUAGGUUUCCAGGCGAAGCAACUUUUUCCUUUGUCGGCUUCACUUAUUGCGUCAACAAAAUCGAUGCCGACAAAAGGAAAAGUCACUUCGCGCGAACAAAUACGCCUAUAGUGGACUUUACACACUUUUCUACUAUCGCGGUGUAUGACAGUGAAUGUUCGAUCUAUAAUCGGGGUCUUUCGUAAGACCGACCUUUGAUCAUGCUUGCCCGGUAUGGCACACGUCGCUUUCAAAUUACCUAACGGAUGAUAUUUGCUGUUUUGGUGUAAUGUACUCAGGUGAAUAAGAUGCUUGUGAUGUUACUCUGAGUGUAUAUCCACACCGGGCAGGCUUGAAAAAUAUGCCUGGCCACGGUGGGAAUCGAACCUACGACCUUUGGCAGAGCAUUGGGUUAGUAUUCCAAAGGUCGUAGGUUCGAUUCCCACCGUGGCCAGGCAUAUUUUUCAAGCCUGCCCGGUGUGGAUAUACACUCAGAGUAACCUAACGGAUGUCAUCGAUCGAAACUGUCCAUAAAAGAGCUCUUGCAAUUAUUUCCACUAACCAAAAGUGGUCUUAAUUCUCUCUCGACAACAAGAGACAAUCUGUGUAAAAAGUUUUUUUUUAGGAAAUUAACUAUCAAUAAAAAUAAACUUUCUGAACUCUUACCGAAGAGAAAAUCCAUCACUUACAACUUGAGACAAAAGCAGAAUUUAUAUAUAGUAUGAAUCUUUUUUGCAGAUGCAAAGUUUCUUUAAUAAAGCAUUCAUAUACACACCGCUAUAGUUCGUUUUCUGGGGUCGGGUUGUCUUUUGUAGUAUUAAGCUGGACCAGUAACGGAUAAUCUCGACUGGACGUCUGGGCGUAAAUCUUGUAUUUUCUGAUGGUAUAAGAAGAGACGAUAGAUUGACUGUGCUGUUUUAUUUCUUACAGUUAAUCCAUGCCAAAAUGGCGGACUGGUGGUUCAGUCACCAGGCGGUUAUUCGUGCGUUUGUCGCAAGCAGUUUAGAGGGAAACAUUGCCAGGGUAAGUUCUUAUCCAAUCUCGUUCCCCGAGCCUGCUAUCCUCGGGAAGGAACGCGAGGGAUAAUCCUGGGAUUAUCCGUUGCCGGAAGCCAGGAAUCCUGGCUAAGAUUGAACUACGCAUUCCAUUUCAACGGCCAAUCAGAUUCCUCCCUGAAACGGAUUAUCCCAGAGCCUCACGUUCCUUCCCGAGGAUCGCAGGCUCGGGGAACGAGAUUGGUUCUUAUCUUGUAGAACAAGUUGACGUCAUCAAUUUUCCAUCUGCCAAAAACGGACCUCAGAACAACCUCGUACCCAGGCUAUUUUCUCUCGCACUCUGGUCCCAAAAAGGAAUACAUUUACGUCUAUUAUUGGGUUACACCCUCGUGUUUCGCGCGCGAAUAUAUUUCCAGUUGAUCUGACCCAAUCACAACGUACUCUUACCCUCCCUGAAUGUGCGGACAUGAGGACUUAACCUAUAAAAUAUAUAAAAUAUAAUUUUUUUCUAAAUAUAUACUCUUUUCUCGUUUUAGAAAGAGAUCAUUGUUUUCCAAACCCGUGCAAGAAUGGCGGGAAUUGUGUUGAUCGUGUGACACACUUUCAAUGCAGAUGCGGUCAUAAAUUUCGAGGCUUGAAGUGCGAAGGUACUGUUAUGACGACACUGGUGUUUAUUUCAUUUAAUUGGUUGGCUGCAAUCUUGGACUUAUCCCCUUGAGACCGUUCCAGCCAAUAUUUCAAAGUUACUCCACAUUGCCAAAGCAAACUUUGUUGAUUGAUGAUUCAACAUGGAGUUUAUCAAAAGGAUAGAGUAUAGAGGGAAAAGUAAUCUCAACCAGUUAUGUCCAAGAUUGUAGCUACUGUCGAAGGGCAGGAGAUCGUUGGAACAAGAAAAUUAAAUGUUCUCUUUAUGUAUUUGCUCUCCAAAACAAGACCACUGCAUAAAGGUCUUCGUUGCUUUGGGGGCCCCUUCUGUACUGGGGGCUCCUUCUGAGCUGGGGCCCCUGGACAAAGUGCCAUCUUCCCUCUACCUUUCGGCCGGCGGGUUUAACUGCAUAUAACGAGGUUGAAAGUCGACAAGAGUCGCAACUGUCGGUCGCGUUUGCAUGGCCACCAACACUUAUCAUUGAGUUUGUUCCAAGUUCUCUCUAAAUCAUGAAUACUUUCACUUUUAGUCUCGAAUACAUGCGCCAAGAGUCCUUGCAAACACGGCGCAACUUGCUUGGACCUGGUCAGUGGUCUUCGCUGUGUUUGUCCUGUGGGCUACAAAGGAAAAUUCUGCGCUGGUAAGAAUCUCUCAGUUUAUGACUUGCAUUUGUGGCCAAUUGGUAUUUGGUCUCUAAGAAGAACUGUUAGUUCAGCUAGUCCGAUAAAAGAUUACCCUUUUUGACCUAUAUAUGGAGAACAGUUAGAACUGAUUGAGCUAUUAUUUAGUAUCAAUAUAGAGUUAAGUGCGUGCUCGCUAUUAGCGAGCUUAAGAUGCACCUAAUCUUCGACGCGGACAUGAAGAAAAACUGUAACUAUUCCCACAAUUUCACUACACGGAUAAAAAUUAUGGCCUCCAGUUGGUAAACAAAGUGUGGCCAAAUUUAAAUUCGUUUAGCUUUUUUGUAAACUAUGCAUUGAUAAAAUAUCCAUUGAUUUUUGUUAAUAUUUGUUUUCAGAUUUUGAUUAUUGUAAUCCUAAUCCAUGUAAAAAUGGCGCGAAAUGUACCGCGAAAGGACUGGGUGUGGGUUGUAUUUGUACGAAUGAAUAUAAAGGAAAUCGUUGUGAAGGUUUGUGCCCGACUCAUUUAAUGGGGCGUAGCCGUGGGGAGGAGUGAGGGGGGGAGGGGUCCCCCACUUUUCCUCAGGACUAAUUUUGUAAUUCUUCCAAAACUGAGAAGAAACUGAGGGUGUAACUUCGUAAUGUUUUCAUCUAUGGCAUAAAAUAUACCAAAUCAGUGGAUUUUAGAUUAUCAUAAAACGUGUCUAGUAUGCAUGAAAUAACAUUUCACAGACCAUAUAAUAAAUACAUUUUCAGAGGGACAUGCCCCCGGACAACCGGGGUCCAUAGUUGUUCUGUUUAUUCGACGAUUCGACCGCCCACUCUUUUGGGGCUGACUACGUCCCUGUUCACAUCAGGCGUGCCAGAAUCGGGACAGGGGCAAAUGCCCCCCCCCCCCCUCCUUCGCCCCUUAGAUAAAAUCCAGCAAUGGCAAUAAAAUCACUCCAACUUUUUAACUUUUCUAUGUUUUUCUACUCCAACUUGUUAUAUUUUCUUGCAGUGAAGAAAGUUUGUCUUCCUAAUCCCUGCCGUAACAAUGGCAAAUGUCUGGAGGAUAAGUCCAGUGCACCUUGUCAAUGCGCGCAAGGAUUCACGGGAAAAUACUGUGCAGGUACAGUAUGUACAAAUCUGUAAUAAAAAUCGCAGGAAUAGCAUCCAUGCCCUCACAGGAAUAUCUGAUGUUACCUGAUAGAAGCUGAUCGUUUCUGAUACGAUUGAAUGCACUGGGAAGAUUUGAUUGGCUCUUAUAUUUUCAAUAUCAAAUCUAUUUCUUCAACAAGAUGAAGAAAAUCCUUUUAUUCACUUGGGAUAAAAGCCAUAUACCAGGAUUUUUUUCCCUGCAAUUUGCCACACAAUUCAUAACACUUGAUUGUGCAAAACUGCAUUGCAGCAACAUUGAUUCGUGUAACAUAAUAACAUUAUAUCUAGCCGGAAGUAUGUGAAAAAAUGUUUUAUUUUCAAUUUUCUUCACCUAGAAAACGUUUGCAAACCCAGCCCCUGUCUUAACGGAGGUGUUUGUGCCUUCAAGAAAUCUGACAGUUCGUCCACUUGGUUACCUGUGUGCAAGUGUGCUCUCACCUUUAAGGGAGAGAAAUGUGAAAGUAAGCGAAAAUUUUACUAAACUGACUUUAUUUAUACUGGAUAGCUCUAUCAGUUCUAAACUGUUCUUCCUAGAGGUCCAGUAAGGAUCAUCUCUUAUUGAUCCAGUGUUACUACACGAGGAAACCUAAACUAAACUAAUUUAUACUGGAUAGCUCUAUCAGUUCUAAUCUGUUCUUCCUAGAGGUCCAGUAAGCAUCAUCUCUUAUUGAUCCAGUGUUACUACAGGAGGAAACCUAUACUAAACUAACUUUAUUUAUACUGGAUAGCUCUAUCAGUUCUAAACUGAGGUCCAGUAAGGAUCAUCUCUUAUUGAUCCAGUGUUACUACAGGAGCGAAUCCAAACUGAACUAACUAUUGGACUGGAUAGAAAUCAGAAUAAAGAUGCAUUCCAAACAUAUGGCCAUAUUUCUUCGUUUUAGUUCCCAACCCGUGUGCAGGCAAGCCCAGCCCGUGUAAACAUGGCGUGUGUUCAGAUGCGUUCAAUGGUCGUCGAAUGGAUCUCAUAGCGGACCAUUACGUUUGCACGUGUAAUAGAGGAUAUAUGGGGUCGAAAUGUGACGGUAGGGGACAUAGAUGGUAUUCAGAAGCAUAGAUUGAUUGAAUCCUUUCCUUAUCUGUAAUAAUGUAGAUUAAGAAUAUCGGUAUUGGAUGAUUGAAUGUGUUAUACCCAUUAACCAUUAACGGCAAGUAAGGACCAUCUCUUUUUGAUGUAGUGUUAUUACAGGAGGAAACCUAAACUAAACUAACUUUAUACUGAAUAGCUCUAACAGUUCUAAACUGUUCUCCCUAGAGGUCCUGUAAGGAUCAUCUCUUAUUGAUCCAGUGUUACUACAUGAGGAAACCUAAACUAAACUAACUUUAUUUAUACUGGAUAGCUCUAUCAAUUCUAAACUGUUCUCCCUAGAGGUCCAGUAAGGAUCAUCUCUUAUUGAUCCAGUGUUACUACAGGAGGAAACCUAAACUAAACUAACUAUAUUUAUACUGGAUAGCUCUAUCAGUUCUAAGCUGUUCUCUUGAGGUGCAAUAAGGGUCUACAUGUAUAUCUAUUUAGUCUGUAAAAUCCAAUGAGAUAAUAUCACCUCGUACUGGUUCAAUGUUAGUACAGGAGGAAAGCGGAGUAUCCAAAUAAAACCAGCAGUGUAUGGAUGUUGCACAAUUUUAACCUGCAGAAAACUGCAUACAGAUUGCGUUUGCUCUUCUUUCUAACUUUUAGUCCGGAUUUGUGAUAAAUGUGACAAGAAUGCGAAGUGCCUCAACAAGGAAUGUGUCUGUAAUGAUGGUUACGUUGGCAACGGUCUCGCAUGCAAAAGUAAGUAUAUGGUAGAUGAUACAUUUCGUGUACGAUGUAUUUCGUUUAAAAUGUAUUCCUUGAUAUGUUUUAGAACUUCCAGACCCUUGUGUACCAAACCCCUGCAAGAAUUUUGGUGUUUGCGUUCCGAUUCGAUCAUCUUACGAUUGCCGUUGUCCUUUCUCGUUCGUCGGUGCAAGAUGUGAACAGCAACUGUAGCACACGUACAGACUUAGAGAAUAUAGUGACUUAGUGGUGAGUUCCCUGGUAGGCUACCGACGUUGCUAGAUUACAUUUCGAGUAAAAAUGUCCCAACUUGUCAACAAGAUGUGUUCCCACUGCUUGUUCCCAGUUGUUGACAAGUCUGGAGAGUUAUUAUCAUCUUGCAACCUUGGUUGAUUAGGCCAACAGACUCGUAACAAGUCGUUGUCAUACCAACAAGUUAGUGUUACCAACAGAAGUCUGAUAUCGUCUGCACGUAACAAGUUGUUAAUAAGUUGAUGACAACAAGCUCGUAGCAACUUGUUACGAGCAGCCUGUAUUAGUCUUGUUGAAACAACUUAUUGCAAGUCUGUUACUGUCAUCAACUUUAUAACAAGUUCACAACAACUUGUUCCAGACUUGUCACAACAAAUGGGAACAAGCAGUACGAACACAUCCUUAUAUCGGCUUGACAACAACCUUCUUACAACUUGUUUGGAGAGAUCUGUAACAACUUGGCGUUCUUAUGUGUGUAGAUGAUAUGAUCUGAACAAUAUAUAUAUUUAUUAUAUAAACAUAAGUUUUAUAUAGAGUUUUUGGCCACUGAGAAAAAUCGUAUUUACACCCGUUUUCAAAAUUACGCGACCUCCCAGUAAAAUACUCUUACUUCAAAUGUCAGUUUUAUGUCACAAAAACUGCUAAAAAUAGCAAACGUAAACAAACUGUCAAAAGACAUUUUAAACCGUAUUUAAUACCAAAACUGAACAAAAAUGAGUUAGAUAACUUAGAUAUGCAAACUAAAGCACAAUACAAACCAUCACAACAGAAAUAUGUGCCGUGAAUAACUUUUAAAGUUUGAAAAAUAACAAUUUAUCCCGGAAUCUAGCCGUCAGUGUAAAACACGCGCGCUAGACUAUAACGGUGAUGUUAUGUCUUAUGAUUUUGUAUGUGCUUAAAUUUUACAAUAAUUCUCACUAAAAUAUCUUGAAAAUCAUUGUAAGCCUGUUCAUAUAAAGCAUACAAAGCAUAUACAUCGACAAGGAACCGCAAAACUCAAAGUUUAAACUUCGUGACCGAAUGACAUAAAACUGACAUGUCAACUCUAGCAUUUUCGUCCUUGGUCGCGUAAUUUUGAAAACGGGUGUAAACACACGUAAAAAAUACGAUAUUUUUACGUGUGAAAAUAUCAUUUGUUGUCAAACGCAUUGCCACGGACGUUUUAUUGUUUUUCACUGAAUUUUGUUUAUAUAAUAAACAGAAAAAUACAUGGGUGCUUGGAAAUACCAGAUUUAUUUCUCGUGUUGAACAUGAUAUCUCACUCGUUCGCUGUGCUCACUCGUGAGGUAUCAUGUUCAACACUCGAAAUAAAUCUGGUAUUCCCGCGCACCCAUGUAUUAUUCUCUAUAUAUUUAUACCGAAGAAAAAAUAGAGUGCUUCCAGUUUUAUUUUAAAGAUAUUAGAAUUCUCAGAAGAACAGUUUACUUUCUAUAAAUCCGUAUGACUACACUUAAUCCUAUAUUGUAAAUAAAACUUUAAAUUAGUAACAAAAAACUUUUAAAUACAAAAACCAUGAAAGAUUAAAGCUUAAACUGUAAAAGAUUAAACUAUAUAUAACACUGUAAAAAUAAAUUGGUUAAAACGAACCGAUAUUAGCCUAAGUUGGUUGUCAAAUUUUAACCCUUUUUUCAAUCUGAGGCAACAAUGUAUCGCUUUACUUUAACCAAUUUGUUUUUACAGUGUUUAUGUAUGAAUGUAAACGAAUUAAAUAAAAUCCUGAUUUUUUAAAGGAAUGUCAAUAACAUGUUGUUCCUUGAAUUGAAACUAUAAAAGGCCAUGUAGGAUUUUGUCUUUUUGAUUUCUUCAUUUGUAAUGUCAAGAAAGUGAACUUUUACCUGUCGGAGUUAAUGGAUUUUGACAGAAAUGUUUUCUGAACCUGUAUUAAAUUAAUUACAAAGUUAGUUUUUAAGUACAUUUAACUUGUGAUAAAAUGAAAAAGAUAAAGACAACGGAAAACUAACACUAUAUCGAAUAAAAAAUAUAAAUAAAAAUAAAAAUGACAAACUUUCGGUUCAUAAAUCCGACCUUUAACGUCACAAAAUUCAAUUCGUUUCAUGGAUAAGCAGUCAAGCAAUAAUGAAAAAAAUAUAAACGAGAUGUGAAUAGAUUAAUUCAAUAGAUUAAGGUAAGAAAACUAAAAUUUUUGAACGUAUAUCCAUAUAGAAUGACUUUUUGUUAUUAUUAUUAGAACCUUAUUUACACAUGCAUGCAGGGAGUCCAAUUUAGGCUACAUCAUUUUUCACACCGUGAAAAAUUAUAACAUUAAAUAUUAUAUAUACACAUACAAACAGACGCGAGACUAUUGCUGGAUUACAACAAAUAUAUAUGAUUUUAAGAUAAAAAUUGUUUAGACUAAUUUAUAUACUGUAUGUGCUUUAAAUUGAUCAACUGAUUCAGCAUUAGUUGCCUGCACAGGUAAGCUAUUACACAGGACAGCACCUCGUUAUCAAAAACUUUUCUUGAAGGCCUCAGUCAAAGGUCUUGUAACAAACAAUUUAACUUCUAAACCUCGUAGACCGUAACUAUGAAAGAAUGAAACACUCGUGAAUUUAUUAGAAAUAUUUUCCGGUAUACCAUUUCGUGUACCGUCUUGAACAAAUCUUUUAAAAUGCUGUCUUCUUCUUUCUUCUAAAUUCAACCAGUUUAGGUCGGACAGCACUUUUUGUAACCGGGUGUUAUAAUCAGACCCAUUUAUAAUACGUGCGGCUUUAUUUUGUAUAAUUGUUGUAUUUUUUGUGCAAGACCCUUCCCCAAUUAAAGUGAAACACAAAACAGAGCAGCUCAUAUAUUUCAUAAACGACUCCUUGGGACUUCAUAGCUUAAUUGACCGCCAAGAAAGUAAAUAAGUUGCAUUGUCAUAAACCAGUUAAAUGUGGAUUAAAAAUUAGUUAAGCGUUACGAUACGGUCUUAGGCACAAAAUGUAAACAACAUUUAGCGUUUAUAGUCGCCAUUUUGUUUCAUAUAACAAUAUAAAUAUAAAUAAAUAUAUUUUUAUGUGUAAUGAUAAUCUUUAAGUUCAACUAAUCGUUGACCUCUAUAUUUCAUAUAGAGUUAUGUCAGCCUUUUAAAGCAUGGUUGAAGAUUAAUGGAUUUAAAACAUUGUAACCUCUAAAUGUUGGAUUCUUCGUUAAAUCAAGAUGGCGUAGCGUAAGGAUUAUUGGACUACAAAAUACUGAGUGAUUUAGAAUGAAAUCGGUUUAUAUCACAUCUGUUUUAACUUGGACCAUAGUGUUGGCUUUUGACGGCUCUUUAUCUUCGAACAGCUACACUUUCCCAUCAAGGAAAGAAGAUGAUAUUUAUGUUCUACGCAAUAACAACUGGUUCAAGUCUUCAAAAUUUUCAAAUGACCACAACAGUUUUUCAACACGAAGGAAAAGACAAGUAGACGUGCAAAUGGGUGGAAUCCAACACGUCUUUGAAAGUCCGCAGAGUAGUUACGGCAAUCAAAAUUUAGGAAAUAGUCCGGAACAGAUGGAAUUUGGUGGAUCUACGCCAAGUGAGUUGUCUGGUAAUGUAGCACCUUCGGAUUCUAUGACUACGGUACCAUUGCUUUCACAGAAUCCCGAGGUUAGCAUAGAACAAACUGCUAGCAAGUCGUUUAGUGGUAUUGACAAGGGGAGUCAAGCACAAAGAAGUGAUUCUGCGAUGCCUAAUGCAUUAAAUAAGUACGCUUCCAUGCCACCAAGUUCACAAAUGGAAGAGACUCACCCUCAAACAACUGCACAGGACCAUUUGCGCAGUGACCCUCUUCUGGAAAAUCUAUAUAACAAAAACGAGAGGUUAAAUUCUCCAUCGCAAACUGAGGGAGCUCGCGAUCAGGGUUAUUCGCCAAAUCGUCCAGAUAAUUUCCCCAGUGAUCCUAUGACAGAUAAUCUACCCAACAAAGAUAGAUCAUUAGUCUCUCCGUUGCAAACCGAGCAGGCCAACAUUCAAAAUAUUCCACAAGAACAUUUAAGCAGUGAUUCUGCCGUUUUCAAUCCAUCCAGAGAUGGUUUAUUAAUGUCCCCUUCUGAAGCACAAAAAACUUAUAUCGAGAACACUUCGCAUGAACAUUUUCAUACUGACGCGACCCUACCUAACCUAGCAUCUUCGUCUUCACAAACAGUAGAGCCCCACAACACAUUACCCCUCGGGGACCUUAGUCAUUUCCACACCACUAACCCCAACAUCGAUGAUGAUAUGGCACACCCAUUUACCUCGCAUGUCGGAGACCCAACCCUAGAGCCAUCAAACCCCCACAUGGGACCUGUCGUACACCCAGAUUCAGGACCUCAAGUUCUAAAUCCUCUGGGUCCGGAUAACCUUCACAUUAUCAAGAAGUUUUAUCCACUACCAGUUGUUCAAAAAGUCCCCAAGCCCAUUCCAGUGUUGGUCACUAAGCCGGUUCCGUAUCCUGUACAUCAGACGAGGUUCCAGCAUGUACCUCAACCGUAUCCACAGCCGUUUUCCAAACCAGACGUUCAUUUGUCGUACAUACAUUUAGAUAACAGAGGUAAGAUGAAAAUGAACUAGAUUUGUUUUCAUUGGAUGACUUUAUGAGAUCUAAACUGUUCUCCCUGGAGGUCCAGUAAGGUUCAUCCUUUAUAGUUCCAGUGUUAUUUCAGGAGGAAACCUAAAAGCAAAAUAACUUUAUUUAUACUGGAUAAUUCAAUCAGAUGUAAAUAGUUCUCCCUGGAGGUCCAGUGAGGAUCCUCUCGUGCAUGAUUCAGUGUUACUGCCGGAGGAAAUCUAAACUAACUUUAUACUGGAUAGCUCUAUCAGUUCUAAACUGUUCUCUCUAGAGAUCCAGUAAGGAUCAUCUCUUAUUGAUCCAGUGUUACCACAGGAGGAAACCUAAACUAAAUUGACUACUUAUUUAUACUGGAUAGCUCUAUUAGUUCUAAACUGUUCUCUCUAGAGAUCCAGUAAGGAUCAUCUCUUAUUGAUCCAGUGUUACCACAGGAGAAAACCUAAACUAAAUUAACUUUAUUUAUACUGGAUAGCUCUAUUAGGUCUAAACUGUUCUCUCUAGAGAAUAGAGAUCCAGUAAGGAUCAUCUCUUAUUGAUCCAGUGUUACCACAGGAGGAAACCUAAACUAAACUAACUUUAUUUAUAUUGGAUAGCUUUAUCAGUUCUAAACUGUUCUCACCAGAAGUGUAGUAAAGAUCAUAUCUUAUUGAUUCAUUGUUACUGCCGGGGGAAACCUAAACUAAACUAAACUAACUUUAUUUAUAACUUUAUUUGCAUGUCUGUGUGUCUGUCUGCGCGAUAACGUAAAAAUAUCAAACGUAUUAAUACGAAAAUUGCUGGGACUAAAAUCUGACUAAUGAACAUUGUCCAAAGACUAUAAUCGAAUAAAUUGUGGUUAAAUUUGGUUGAAACCUGGAUGAGAAAUUAACAAUAGUUUGUCUUGCUUUGCUGGGCAGAGUAAAGUGAAUGCAAAGUAUUUUUCAUUUUUAGGAAACAUGUUGGCGUGAGUUUACUUGACUAAUUUUGUUAUCUUUUGUUACAGCCAAUCCAUGCAAACAUGGUGGAAUUAUAGUUCAAAGUCCUGGCGGUUACACAUGUUUAUGUCGAAAGGCUUAUAAAGGAAAACAUUGCCAAGGUACGUCGCUCUGUAUUUUCGUUUCAAUUUGUUAGGCUUAUGUUCUAGUUCAAGAUUCUGGGCAACCGUCAACAACCAUCUACCAAAACGAUCAUCGUGCCACCACUGAACUCUGACCAUUACUGGUUAUUACAGAUGUCCCAUAUGAUAAAGUAAAAACCAUGAUGUUUAAUAUUUUCCAGGAAAAUACCAUUAAUUUCAUGGUAAAUAUUAAACAUCAUGGUUUUUAUCAUAUGUGAAAUCUAUAAUAACAAAUAAUCGUAUCAGUUCAGUUUUUACAUUGAUAGUAUACAUGGUAAAUACUUAAAAACCAUUCAAAAACCAUAAAUGGAAUUUCAUUUUUUUUCUCUGUGUUAUAUGGUAGAUAUACAACUUCUGGUUUGUACCUGGCAACUGGACUCUGUAGCUCAGUUAGUUAGAGCCGUUGAACUAUAAGUAAACUGGAAGGCUAACUGCUAUGAUGGAGGCCUAUGAUUCGCUGAAGCCAAAAUAGUUUUUCUGAGUUAUGAGCAGAAAUACUUGAUCCCAAACGAUGGGCUAUAUAUCAAACUGAAGCUAUUGAAAAUUUCUAUUCGGUGUGGAAAUUUCAAGACUUCAGCGAAAAGAAAAAUAUUUUAAAAACACAAAAACAACUGCCAUUCGGCCAACAAAUGGCAAAUUAUCGGCAAUUAUUUUUGUAGUUUUUAAAUAUUUCCCUUUUAGCUAAAGUCUUGAAAUUCCUACACCAAUUAGCGUUUUUCAAUAGCUUCAGUUUCAUAUGCAGCACAACGUUCUGUGUGUGUUGAGUAUUUCUGCUCAUAACUGAGAAAAACUAAAAUGCACUGGUUUCAAUCCCCCCUGAGUUAGCCUUCCAGUUUACUUUAUAGUUCAAUGGUCAGAGCACUGCACCGGAAUUGUAGGGCCACAUGCUCAAAUUCUGCCACACUUGUUACAGCCACAUGUACUCGUCCAUUAAAGAGUGACAUAGUUUGGUAUAGAAUUUACAUCCUGAUAUUACUUUCCUUUAUUAUUUAGAGCGAGACAAAUGUUAUCCGUAUCCAUGUGAGAAUAAUGGUGAUUGUAUUGAUCACGGGACUCAUUAUGAAUGCAGGUGUCCUAGGGGAUUCAAGGGGAUAAACUGUGAAGGUACUACGUCAUAGUUUUUCUUGGGGCUUGUUUAUGUGAGGCCUACUAACAGGGAAGUCCCCGAUACGAAUGCCCUGGUUGACACAUGUCAUAUAAAAUUCAAUUUGUGUUCAUACGAGGAACAAGUUAUCCCGGCUACACACGUAAAAAUCUUAUAACUUGUCAACAAGAUGUGUUCACAACAGGCUUGUAGCAAGCUUGUCAACAUGUUGUUGACAAAUGCUGUUAUUUUGUCAAUUUGCUACAAGGUUGUCACUCGCAACAUCUCAACAAGAUGUGUUCGCAACAUACUUGUAGCAAGCUUGUCAACAAGUUGUAACAAUGUUGUUAUUUUAUCAAGUUGCUACAAGGUUGUCACUCACAACUUGUCAACAAGAUGUGUUCACAACAGGCUUGUAGCAAGCUUGUCAACAAGUUGUAACAAUGCUGUUAUUUGUCAAGUUGCUACAAGGUUGUCACUCACAACUUGUUGACAAAUUAUUGACUGCAAGACGGUAACAAGUUGUUGGAACAACUUGUAACAAGUUUGUUGAGCUCAACAACCUUGUAGCAAGUUGUCAACAAGCCGCUGACAGCUUGCCAACAAACCAUGAACAAGCAGUGCGGCGAACACAUCUUGUUGACAAGUUGUUGAAACAACAUUGCUGCAAGUCUGUAUAGAUGAGAUCUCAUCUUGCGCUAUACACGCACUGCUUGUGUUCACACUGCUUGUCCCAAGUUGUCAACAAGUUUGGAACAAGCUGUUAAUAACUUGUAACAAUCUUGUUAAUAUUAUCAGACUUGUUGCAAGGUUGUUCCAACAAGUCCAAUACAAUCAUGAUAUAACAAUAUUGUUACAACCUUGUGUUGUCAACCUUGCAUCAUCACUGUAUCAGACUUGUUAGAACAACCUUGUAACAAGUCUGAUAAUGCCAUCAAAUUUGUUACAAGUUGUAACAAGUUUGAAACAAUCUGUUAACAACUUGUAACAAGCUUGAUGGCGUUAUCAGACUUGUUACAAGGUUGUUCUAACAAGUCUGAUACAGUCAUGAUAUAACAAGAAUGUUACAAGGUUGACGACACAAGGUUGUAACAAUAUUGUUAUAUCACGACUGUAUCGAACUUGUUGGAACAACCUUGUAACAAGUCUGAUAAUAUCAACAAGGUUGUUUUAACUGUUAACAAGUUAUUCCAAACUUGUUGACAACUUGAGACAAGCAGUGCGAAGGCAACUUGUUGACUGCUUGUUGGCAGAUUUGCUACAAGAUGUGAGAUUUUUGCGUGUGUAGGUGGGAUUUCCAUAUUCAUCCCACCUGACAAGUUUGGACAUUAUUUGCCAAUUUUGACCUAUAAUAGAAUUGAACGGCAUAUUAGCAGACACGCCUUUUUUAUCAUUUUAUAGUUGCUGACAAAUGUCACAACCACCCGUGCAGAAAUGAUGCUAAAUGUAUUCAAUUGUUAUCCGACAUUAAAUGCAUUUGUUCUCCCGGAUAUAAGGGAAAAUAUUGUGAAGGUAACUAUCAAAUGUGCCAGUGUCAAAGGUUCCAGAUAUGAUGUCAUUAGAUGAAUUGCAAAUUAGUUUUCCUUUGUUUUCCUACGACGUCAUAUCUGGAAACUUUGACAGUGAAAAAGUUGAUCAAGAUGAGGUUUUCACUAUAAAGAUAUAUUACAUUUCUUCUUAGAAUGACCCAAAUAUUACACAUACCAAAAAUUAUAUUUGGGGUUAGUCGCACUUUAAAUACUCAGUUCCCUGAAACAUUACUUACAAAUCCUUCAAAACGUAGAGUUUACCCAUGCAAAAUUCCCACUGUGAUCACAGAAACAUUGAUAGUGUAAGCCAGACUGAACAAAAAAUCCAUCAGAGUGUAGCUUCCAGAAAGCUGGCUUGGUGUUUAUGAUGCAUGCAUAUUAAAUAGCUUUCUUUAGAUAUAGAUCACUGUCAUCCUAAUCCAUGCCGCCAUGGCGGGAAAUGCGAGGAGUUGAAUCAGGCCGCGUCAUGCUCGUGUACAGCUGAGUUUAAAGGAUCUCGUUGUCAAGGUCAGUUAAUUUUAAUUAAAGUUGCUGCACGUUUGUGACUCUGGACGAGGCAACUAUGUAGAGAACUAAUGCCUUUGCAAACCGGCACUUGUCAACAAGUUGUAACAAUGCUGUUAUCUUAUCAAGUUGCUAGAAGGUUGUUACUCACAACUUGUCAACAAGAUGUGUUCGCAACAGGCUUGUAGCAUGCUUGUCAACACGUUGUAACAACGGUGUUAUUUUAUCAAGUUGCUACAAGGUUGUCACUCACAACUUGUCAACAUGACGUGUUCACAACAGCCUUGUAACAAGCUUGUGAACAAGUUGUAACAAUGUUGUUAUUUUAUCAAGUUGCUACAAUGUUGUCACUCACAACUUGUCAACAAGAUAUGUUCGCAACAGGCUUGUAGCAAACUUGUCAACAAGUUGUAACAAUGCUGUUAUUUUAUUAAGUUGCUACAAGGUAACAUGUUACUCACAACUUGUCAACAAGAUGUGUUCGCAACAGGCUUGUAGCAAGCUUGUCAACACGUUGUAACAAUGGUGUUAUUUUAUCAAGUUGCUACAAGGUUGUCACUCACAACUUGUCAACAUGACGUGUUCACAACAGCCUUGUAACAAGCUUGUGAACAAGUUGUAACAAUGUUGUUAUUUUAUCAAGUUGCUACAAUGUUGUCACUCACAACUUGUCAACAAGAUAUGUUCGCAACAGGCUUGUAGCAAACUUGUCAACAAGUUGUAACAAUGCUGUUAUUUUAUUAAGUUGCUACAAGGUAACAUGUUACUCACAACUUGUCAACAAGAUGUGUUCGCAACAGGCUUGUAGCAAGCUUGUCAACACGUUGUAACAAUGGUGUUAUUUUAUCAAGUUGCUACAAGGUUGUCACUCACAACUUGUCAACAUGACGUGUUCACAACAGCCUUGUAACAAGCUUGUGAACAAGUUGUAACAAUGUUGUUAUUUUAUCAAGUUGCUACAAUGUUGUCACUCACAACUUGUCAACAAGAUAUGUUCGCAACAGGCUUGUAGCAAACUUGUCAACAAGUUGUAACAAUGCUGUUAUUUUAUUAAGUUGCUACAAGGUAACAUGUUACUCACAACUUGUCAACAAGAUGUGUUCGCAACAGGCUUGUAGCAAGCUUGUCAACACGUUGUAACAAUGGUGUUAUUUUAUCAAGUUGCUACAAGGUUGUCACUCACAACUUGUCAACAUGACGUGUUCACAACAGCCUUGUAACAAGCUUGUGAACAAGUUGUAACAAUGUUGUUAUUUUAUCAAGUUGCUACAAUGUUGUCACUCACAACUUGUCAGUGUGAGCCCCCUAGAUAAGCCAUUUGCGCUUUUGGGGCAAACACAUUAUAUUAUUAAUAAAAUAUGUUUAUAAAAAAAACAAAACUUGUCAACAAGAUAUGUUCGCAACAGGCUUGUAGCAAGCUUGUCAACAAGUUGUAACAAUGUUCAUUUUCUCCUGUUGUCUCGAGGUUCUUACUCAAGACAAGAUGUUGAAUUGCGACAACCGACAACCACAAGUUGGUCAACAAGUGAUUGGAAUUUUUUUGUUUCAGUUCCCAAGACAUGUUCUCAAAAUCUUUGCCAUAAUGGUGCUACGUGCAUGGAAGACAAACCCAGCAGUCCGUGUUUGUGUGCACCCGGCUUUUCUGGUCGAUACUGUACUGGUGAGUUUGUUGAAUAUUGAAAUCAGUAGAUAGGAUUGUGUAGACGGAAUUUUUGAACAUAAUGUUUUGUACACUUUUUGUAUUCGAAAACCAUCUACUAUUAGUUCUAUCGAACGAGAUAUCCAAAAUCUACUUGCAAUACUUGUCAAUAUUCGUCUUAAUUUCUCUUUAAUCUAGAGGAUGUUUGUCUACCCAAUCCAUGUCAACACAAUGGAAAAUGUUAUCCAAUCAGAAGUGACGUCAAUACCACGUGGUACCCUGCCUGCAAAUGUAGUCCUACUUAUAAGGGUGUCCUGUGCCAAGGUAGAAUGCGCAAAGUGUUUUUUUGUGAUAUUUUAGCAUAAUUUGCCUCAAGUGGGGCGUCAAUCAUUGAGCUGAGAUGAACUAAAACAAAGAAACAAAAUGGCUGUCAACGCAUCUUAUGUUAAUGAGUUAUCCGAUUACUAUAAAAACCAAUAUAAACAAUAUAAAAGUCAUCUUUUACCCUUCAGACAGAUCCUUGAUCCCCACGUGACCAAAUGUAACCCGAGAAUAUAUUCAGAUAUUUUUCUCCGUUUAGUUUCCAAUCCCUGCGCCUCUAAUCCUAGCCCAUGUGUCCAUGGUACAUGCUACGAUGCUUACACGAAUGUUGACCAAGUUGAAAUUCCUCCUGAGGGAUAUACCUGUCAUUGUUACGAGGGAUACUUUGGAAUUAACUGUCGAUGUAGGUAGCCUGGUUGAUUUAAAUGAAAUUUUAUGUCUACUUUAAGACGUUGUUAUACAUACAGUAAAGUGUCUUCAUUUGAUCCCCCCCCCCCCCCCCCCUCAUUCUUUCCUUUAUUUCUUCCAUUCUUUGUCUGAUAGUAUCUUCUUUGGUGAAUAAAAAAUCUAGCUAUAUUCCUUAAUUCGUCUGGCGUUAGACAAAAAAAACUAACAAGAUGGAGCGCAUCAGGGGGCAUUACAUAUUUGUGGAUUAAACUAUUUAUUUAUGAUUUAAUUUCUAGACAGAAAAUGUGAUCAUUGCGAUGUAAAUGCUCGUUGUCUCGAUGGGUUUAAAUGUACUUGCAACGAGGGAUAUCAAGGGGAUGGACAGGAUUGUCAAAGUACGUAUGGGUACACAGAGGACUAAUGGACGUUACUGAACCUCAAGAGAGAACAGUUUUAUCUCGUAUAAAUCAAGUUAGUUUAGUUAAGAUUUCCUCCUGUAAUACCAUUGGAUCAAUAAGAGAUGAUCCUCACUGGACAUAUAGGGAGAACAGUUUAGAACUGAUAGAGAUAUACAGCAUAAACCAAAUAAAUAUAGUUGUCUCUAUUAUAGUUGUCUCUAUUUUAGAAAUCCCAGACCCGUGUGCCCCUAACCCAUGCAGAAAUGAAGGACUUUGUAAGGCAGAACUGGACACAUUUGAAUGCAAGUGUGUGCCUGGAUUCAAGGGGAAAAUAUGCCAAGGUAUGUUUAUGGCAUCAGAACUUGUAUAGAUGGUACCAGUUCAGAACUGCUUGAUCUAUCGAUUCAUAUUAAAAUAUUUACUUUAUCCUUACUUUUUUUCAUAUUUAUUUCAGAGAAAACUCCAUGUUCAAGUGUGGUCUCUCCCUGCAGAAAUGGUGGGACUUGCAUUGAAGCGAAGAAUGAUUUUCGUUGUAUUUGUACAAGAGAAUGGAAAGGAAAAGAUUGCUCUGAAAGUAAGAUUUGUGAUAGCAUAGAGCUGGGACCGGUUGUUCGAACGCCUUGACCCAGGCAUUAAAAUACGGAAUUUUUACAAGGACACAAUUUGCCUUCAGAGGCGUAUUUUUGGUAUAAAUGCGCAGACUCACGAGAAUGAGUGCCGAAGCCACAAGUUUAGCGUCGCAAACGCGAGCUUUUAUGGGGGUCUCUGAAAUGGCAUUUCCAGAGUUCUGAGAACAGAAUUUUUAAAAUCUUUGGCAAUUUUGCGUGGAUUACAUUAAUAUAUUUUCAGUUUAAUAUAUUUUCAAGUACACAAUUUUCAAUUUACAAGGGCACAUUCGCCUUUUACAAGGACACAAAGUGUGUACAAGGACACGCUAUUUUAAUGCCUGCCUUGACCGUAGGUUAACCUAAAAUUCAAAGCAAACUUUCCAACAGGUUCCAACAUGAGUUUUCUUUCCUGACGUUUUGAAAUAAACUGACGUGCAUAAAUACACAAACCAAAACUUUUGAAUGUCUAUCGUAUCUAUUUAGAUGCGACAAGUUUGUGCAUUGGUAAUCGUUGUCUGAACGGGGGAACAUGCAGGGUAUCUGAGGAUGGCAAGAGUUGGUAUUGUGUAUGCAGAGGUCCUCGCUUUAAACCACCGGAUUGUGGUAAGAUAUGAAAUAUGAAAUAAGAUGCACGAUCAGAAAUUGAGAGCUAAGAUAAGGAAAGAUGAGGUAGCUCUUCUUAACUGAACAUGCGUAGAGUUUACAUGCUAACGUGUACUGAAUAUUAAUGAGGAAAAUUGCUAAAAAAUUUCAAGAUAUAAUCGGCAAAGUUUUUGAUUUAUUGCUAGAAUUUCGAGAUUUAGAAAAGGUUAAAGACCCAGGAAAUAUAUUAUGUGAUUCAAGCAUAAUUAAGAACUAUUUAAACUUACAAUUUGAGCCUUACUUCGCCACAAUUAAGUCGAAAUAAAGCACAACAAAAAGCGCGGCUGCACAAUAUCAUGCAACGAAUACUUAGCAACAUGACCGUUUUUCUGUCGUUGUUUGGCCGCCAACCCAGCCCCCAAAAUUUGAGUGAGUACGCGUGUGCCGUAGCCAUCGACCACGCUGUAGAGCAGCUUGGCUUGGGGCGCUGAUCAAUAUUUUCCAUCCCUGAGCAUGAAUGCAAGAGCUAAGAACUUUUUCUCUUGUAUCAGCAUGUAACUGUCCAGCUAAUGCUCACGUCCCCGUCGAACGGAACCUAACCUGCAACAACCCGCAAGGCCUGUGUGAAUGCCCGCCAGGUUAUGAACAUCACAAAGGCCGUGACGUCUGCACUGAUGAAAGAGCGAAGGUGGUUGUUGGAAAAGGAGGUAAUAUUGGAAUGUAUCUAUUGUAUGGCAUAGUUGUAUUGUAUGGCGCCAAUAUUAGGGAUGUUCGGUACGAAAAUUUGGGAUAGCGAUAUACACACUUAAAAACGCAUAUGGUGUAACAAACCUGCACCAGACUUGUAGGAAUGCUGUUCCAACAAUUUGUCAACAACUUGCUGCAAGGUUGUUGAGCUCAACAGACGUGUUACAAGUUGUUUCAACAACUUGUUAUCGUCCUGCAAUUCAACAAUUUGUCAACAAGUUGUGAGUGACAACCUUGUAGCAACUUGAUAAAAUAACAGCAUUGUUACAACUUUUUGACAAGCUUUCUACAAGCCUGUUGUGAACACAUCUUGUUGACAAGUUGUGAAUGACAACCUUGUAGCAACUCGAUAAAUAACAGCAUUGUUACAACUUGUUGACAAGCUUGCUACAAGCCUGUUGUCAGAACACGUCUUGUUGACAAGUUAUAAGUGACAAUCUACAUAGCAACGUGCUAAAAUAAUGGCAUUGUUACAACUUGUUGGCAAGCUUGCUACAAGCUUGUUGCGAACACAUCUUUUUGUGCACCCGAAAGCGUAUACUGAUAUUACUGGUAUAAACUGGGUUUUUUGCUUUCUUGAUUAGUAAUUAAUUCGUAUUAAUUCCAGAGCGGGGAUGUGAUCCUAACCCGUGUAAAAAUGGCGGGAAGUGUGUCUCACUGACCUCAUCGAAAUGGAUGUGCCAAUGUACGCAGGGUUGGAGCGGGAAAAUAUGUGAUGUUAACGGUGAGUUUGGUCGAAUAUGUACCAUUCGCAAGCAGGACUGCUUUAUUCAGAAUACUUAUCUAUUAUAUUUAAUGCAAUAUGUUGUCGUUUUUCUUCUGCAGCUCCGAUAGAAAAGAAUUCAAGCUGUGCUCCCAACCCCUGUGAAAAUGGAGGUUUAUGUAGCAUUGUGAACGGUGCUGCCGUCUGCGCAUGUCCAGAAGGAUUUCUGCCACCCCUUUGCGAACUCAAAGGUAAUGUCAGGAGAACUACAGUCUUAGAACCGUCAUACGGUCAUGAUACGCCUCUGGCAUAAAUCUGGCCAAAUAAAGCAUUUCAAACUUCAUUUGUUCAUCCUAGGUCGCACAGCGUGUUCCCCAAAUCCAUGUGUCAAUGCAGGACGUUGCGUCCGGGCUGGCAAAAGAUACGACUGUAUUUGCGAUCAGCGGUUUACUGGACCAAAUUGCGAAGGUACAAUGAUAUUAAAGAUUCCAUAAUGUAAUAAACUUAUUCGGCGAAACUGCGUUCAUUUAUCCAUAUCCAAUUCGCUCAUAUAUGUAAUUGAAAUGCUCGGUUAUACCGCUUAGGCCAUAUAAAAUAAAUUCCUUGAUUCUCAUCGCUAAAUUUUAAAAACUCCCAGGAGGCGGGAGGUUUAUAUUUUAUAUUUUAUGUCAAAAUAUAAAAAAAAGUUUAAAAUUUAAAAAAUUGGAGAGGGAGGUCUUUUUAUAUUUGCCCUUAAAUAUAUUAUAUAUAGAAGAACGCUAUAUAAGUGGAUAAUUGCACAUGCGCUAAUGAACAUGCAUAAGGGUCCACACAAAUCGUUGUAAUAAGGCUAUAAGCCCAUUUUUCCCUUCAGUAUUCCAAGCAUCCCUUAACAUGUUGCAAUAUUAACGAUAAAACAAUUUUAUAUCGCAAAAAUUCCAAUAUAAAAUAUAAAAAUAACUAAAUCUCUGAAGAUGCUCGGUCGGGCGGUAAAUUUAUAUUUUAUAACAAAAUACAAAAAUAUAUCAACGCGGAAACCAAAAUAUCGUCGGGCGAUGAUGAGAAUCAAGGAAUUUAUUUUAUAUGGCCUUACGUUAUUCACGUAAAAACUCGCAAGUUGUUACAGAUCUGAAAACAAGUUGUAACAAGUUUGUUGUCAAGCCGAUAUCAGCAUGUGUUCGCACUGCUUGUUCCCAGUUGUUGUGACAAGUCUGGAACAAGUUGUUAAAGUGUCUAUGACACGAAAUUUCACGCCAAAGGUUUAUGGUUGCAUUGUAAAGAUCAUUUAAAAUGACUUAAUAAUUUCUUUUAUAAAAUUUUGGUAACUUGCUCCCUUUUCAAGAUAUUCAACUUUGUUUCAUAUGCAAAUAUCACCGGUGUGAUAUCACAUAAUGAGUUUUCAGAAAAGUAUAGUUUUCUUGACGAAUACGUGUCUAAAAAACUUAAAAAUUGCCCUUGUAUACGUAUUAAUUUCAUAACUGGUAAUUAACCCUCUGUAUUUGUUUGUAAAAAUAUUUUAUCAAAGUAAAAUAUUGCGUUUUCAAAAUGUCAUUAUGCGAUGUGAUGUCACACCGGUGAUAUUUGCAUAUGAAACAAAGUUGAAUAUCUUGCAAAGGAAGCAAGUUACCAAAAUUCUAUAAAAGAAAUUAUUAAGUCAUUUUAAGUGAUCUUUACAAUGCAAUCACAAACAUUUGGGGUGAAAUUUCGUGUCAUAGGCACUUUAACUAUCACCUUGUUACAAGGUUGAUGAUGAUAACAGACUUGCUACAGGCUGUUCCAACAAAACCAAUACAGCCUAUUCGUAACAAGUUGCUACGAGCUUGUUGUCAUCAACUUGUUACGUGCAGACGACAUCAGACUUGAUUUUUUCUGUGUUGGUGUUGUGUACUCAGGUGAAUAUGAUAUUUGUGAUGUUACUCUGAGUGCAUAUCCACACCGGGCGAGCAUGAAAAUAUGGCCCGGCCACGGUGGGAAUCGAACCUACGACCUUUGGAACACUAGCCCAAUGCUCUGCCAACUGAGCUACGCGGUCAGGACGGUUCGAGUAAGUCGGAUAUUUCGGAACACAAUCUAGUUCCUUCGAUACCAGUGUAUCUAGUAAUAUAUGCUCGCCCGGUGUGGAUAUACACUCAGAGUAACAUCACAAAUAUGAUAUCAGACUUGUUGGAACAACUUGUUGCGAGUUUGUUGGUCUUAUCAACCUUGUUACAAGAUGAUAACAACUUGUUCGGUUGUUCCAAGCUUGGGAACAAGCAGUGCGAACACAUGUUAUUGGCAAGCUCUGGGAUUGCUUAAAAAUGUGGGAUGCUUAAAAAUGUGAAUUAGAUGCCCUUUAUGUACGGAAAAUAUACCAAAAUCCAGUACCCUCAUGAGAAUGCUCAUGAGCAUAUUACUGAAUUUUGGUACAUAUAUUUGAGGCGCUCAUGACCAUUCUGGAUUUUGGUACAUAUUUGAGCGUGCUUAUGAGCAUACCUUAAUAUAUUUUGGUAUCUCUUCUUUUGGUAUCUCAGUCACGUAAGCCAGCUUCAAUUUAUUACUAAUUCAGUAUUUUGAUUGUUGCGUUUUUAAUUUUUUAGUCGAUAGGUGUAAAAAAUGUGACCCAGUCAAUGCUGUAUGUAAACUUGGACAAUGUUCCUGUAAAGCUGGAUUCGUAGGAAAUGGUUAUCAAUGUUUACCUGGAAAAAAAGGUAGUGCACAGUAUUAUAGAAACAUGCAUCUAGGGUAAAAUCUGAAUAAAUUGUUUGGCCACCUAAACUAACUUCACCUAUGUUGGAUUUCUCGAAAUAUUCUCUGUCGUAGCCAGGGAAGCUUUACUAAAUUUCAUCACCAAAUGGUUUAUAUUGUAAGGGACCGGUCAUUAUUUAUGGCGGGAGUGGCACCGAAGAGAAAUGUUUUCCGUGUCAAAUAUUUUGCUGACCCAACCAUUAAAUAGACAAAAAUUUGAUUACCCAACCUCAGAUAUCAAUUAAAAAAUAACUACCCACCCCUGGCCAAAAACUUAACAAAAGGAUACCAUUCAGUUGUCAUACAUGUCCUUUAUCACUUCAGUGACAUGAGUUUGAUAACGGCUUGUGAAAUUUUCUGCAGUCUAAAGUUUCAUGUUGUCUGCACAUGUACUUUCUUUGGAAACACAAUUUGUUUUGUCAAACUAUGAUCAAGAUAGUGACUCUGAUUGAUUCACAUAUUGUAUUGAGAAAUGACUGUUGACAUUGCUUUUCAGUCUCCAAUAUUUCAGUGGGUCAUGCUUUGGAAAUGACAAUAAAUUUUUAUUACCCAACCCUUGAGUUGUUUUGUUUUUCAUUUACCCAACCUUUUACUCGCUCAAAAUUUUGUUUACCCGACCCUUUUCUCUUCGGUGCCACCUCCCGCCAUAAAUAAUGACCGGUCCCUAAGCUUGCAAGAAGCGAGACAAGUCCACAUAACAGCGACUUUUAAUAUUUUUUUGGACAAAUGAUGGUAAAUUUGCUUUGUAAAUGGUUAGUUUAUUUUGAAAUAUUGCUUUUCAUAUUGUUUUAAUUGUCUGCAUUGGUUCACGAGAAUUGGAUGCCACCCAAAAUGGCGGAUAUUCGUCAUCGUGAGAAAGGCUAAUUGAUGAGCAAAUUACUCCCUUUUUGAGUAAAGCAAAUCUUCAGUAAGAAUGAACAACUUGCGUUUUAGACUAAAUUUUAAUCUAAGUAAGAACAACGAAAUCUAUCACCACAUCUAGAAAGAGCGUCUUGGAAUUAGUAAUAUUACAAAGUUUGGUUGCGAAAUGUUGUAAAAUACGGAAAAUAUAGCCCUUCAAAGUUGGCAAAUUUGUAUACUUUUUUAUUACGUGCGUGAAUUGGUAACUAAAUUAGUUACCAAUAUAUUUCCGCACGUAAUAUAGAAGUGUAUACAAAUUUGCCAACUUCGCAGGGCUAUAUUUUCCGUAUUUUACAACAUUUCGCAACCAAACUUUGCAGUUUUUCUAAUUUUGAUAACUUCUUUCCGAAAAUAUCCUUUGUUAUUCCCAGAUUAAAAAUUUUUCUAAAGCGCAAGUCGUCCAUUGGGUAAAUUUGAAACUUUACUCAUAAAUUUGGGUAAUUUUACUGAAUAAAUUGGUGAGCGGAUUUCCCAACAGGCUAUUGUCCAAUUGCUAGGGGAUCCGAGGUACCUACGAUUUUAACGUCCUUAUCCAAGAACACGCUUAAGACCAACCAUUUACUGAUGUCAAUGUAAAGGUAGCACUUUUCUCCUCGAUUAUUUUAAGACCUUGAGUAGAGGUCCGAUCAAGGAUUGAACCUCGCGGUCUCCCUGCGUGAAAGGCAAGCAUGGUGACCACGACACUUGCACCGAGCUUGCUGAGUCGUCAGCACUUUGAAGGAAGAUGUACUUUUGUGUUGAAAGUUAUUUUAUUAUUUUCUAUAGUUAAUGUAUGUAUCAUGUGUCACCCAGUCAAGGCAGUAUGCGUGGAAAAUAGUUGUCAGUGUAAAUCCGGUUAUGUUGGUAAUGGAUACCAAUGUACAGAAAGCCACCCUGGUAAGGCAUACAUUUCUAAUUUUUCUGGAGUUCGCCGGAAAUGGUGUAGCGGUGGUAUGGUGUCGUCUUGUGUCAUAUGGAAUGCCCCGAUCCGGUUUGUGGUGUGGUAUGUUGUGGUAUGGUGUGUAUAG